AAACACUCAGACGGAAAUAGAAGCUUCCCCAGCUGCCAGAUCUCUGCUAUGCCCUGGACUCUGCCCACUGCUCAGUGCUUUGGCCAGUGAACGAAAUACAUGCCAAAGCAGCAUAACUCAUUUCAUUGUCCUUCAAGAGUGCAGCCUAUAUAGCUCUGACUACGGACACCUGGGAUGUCACGGAAUCACACCAAAGACAACUGCUUUAACAAAAGUCUCCUCGCUGAGCAUAAGCAAAAGCUGAUACAGGCCAUUAAACGAAUAAAACAUGAAAUAGACGAAUGCUGGGAUGCAGAAAGAGAAACGUACGCACAGGCUCUGUCAGUGGAGAACACGUUUGAUGACUUAGAAAGGGAAAUCAGAAGCGAGUAUCAGAACCUGCAUCGCUUUCUGGACUUGGAGGAAGAGAUGGAUGUAGAAAGGUUAACGAAGGACAAAGAGAAGAGGGUGAAACUACUCAGGGAGAGAGAGAAAAAGAUCUCAGAGCAAGGGAAGGACCUUGAAAGAGCGAUCGAGACGCUGAACAGCAAACUGAAGGAAGAGGACAGUCCUAAACUCUUAAAUGAUAUCAAGGACCUUUUGAAAAGGUGCCAGGUGAAUUUCGUCCCUCCUUCAGCCGUGAAUGCCGAAAUCCAGGCUGGACAGUUCAUUGGCCCGUUGCAGUACAAGAUCUGGAAACAUAUGAAAAGCUCCCUCUAUCCAAAUAUCGCCACCUUCACUUUCGACACAGACACCGCCCACCCCUUGCUCCGCCUCUCGCCCUGUUCCACAUCCGUCUGGUUUGAGGUCAGAGAGGGCACACCCCCUGAACCCGAGCCGAACAAUCCCCGACGCUUCCAUUAUUACUACUGCCUGCUGGGGCAGGAGGGAUUUACCCAUGGGAGGCACUACUGGGAAGUAGAGGUAGGCCUCAAGACUGCUUGGAGGGUAGGUGUGGCCAGGGAGGACGUGCACAGGGGUGAGAUGGACUCCUGCACCACAGCCAAUGGGCUCUGGACGUUGGCUCUCAAGGGAGGUACCAUACAGGCAUGCACUGAGCCAUGCCCCACCCUUGUCAAAGCUGCUGUGCGUCCCACCCGGAUAGGGGUCUUCUUAGACUGUGAGAGAGAAGAGGUGUCCUUCUACAAUGCCAUAACCAUGACCUCACUCUUCUCCUUCUCUAUGGGCACAAUUUUGCAGCCCAUCUUCCCCUUCUUCAACCCCUGUGACACAGAUGAGGGGAAGAACACUGCCCCCCUCACCCUCUUCAGCCCUUCGCUGUGAAGCCAGACUGAAUUCUCCAGGCUGGCCAGCAGGGGGAGACUGUGGGUUGGAAAAUUUCAUCAUCUCACUCACUGGGAUGGGAAUGCUGACAAGGCCCACGUGCUUCUGCAGGGAAUGGCAUUAACAGUGCACAGCUCAAUGUUUGCGACCUCCUCUCAUCAUCCAUUUCCUUUGUUGCUCUGUUUAUAGUUAUUGACUGUUACUCUUAUUGAAAUCAGCUUAAAUAUACCUAAUUUCCCUGACGUGUUUGUACCUACUGCAUCUACACCAGCAAAUUUGUAACCUGGCAUGAGAGUGACGCCAGUGUGAAGUCUGGGGGCUUCUUUAGAUGACCGUUUGUCUUUGAGCUGCUGUAAAUAAUGUCAGAAAUAUUAGCUGUGCUGAUCGCACAUGACAUGAAUUGGCACUAGUCCUUCAUCGCACCCAGAAACACCCUCACCUUCCAUUACCUUUUUAUCUCGGUAUUUUGUUAAUGCAUUUAAUAAAGUAUUUGUAAAAACAA